UUCCAGAGUUCAGUUGGGUCCAAGCUGGCGAGGCCUUCAUUUGUCAGUUACAUGCGUAACAGCCAUAUAGGCAAACUCACAGUUGUUAUAUUAUAUAUAGGUAUAUAGAGUGCGACAGAGUUGUGAUCAGAAAAAUAUUCUGGUUAAACGGGAUCGAGUAUAUUAUAUAGUUGUCGUCAGGAAACUAGAGUUCGUGCCAGGCUCUAUACGCGAGAGUCAUUUUCAAACACCUGUCAUUGCAAAGCAAGUGACGUGUUUUAUCGAAACUCCAUACCAAAAAAAAUAGUGUUCAAAGUGCAAUAAAUUCAAAAGGAAAUUUUCAUCGCGACGCCUUGCAAAAAAAAAAAGAAAAUUAUACCCACACCUUUUGUUUUGUUCGCGAUCGAUUAGUGUCAAUGUAAUGAUUCGAAAUAUAAUUUCUCAGGUAUAUAACUAAAUUUCUAAAAGUGCAUCGAAUAACAGUGAAUAGACAGUGAAAAAUGGGACAGAGACAUUUUUUUAGUAUUUGUCUCCUAAUUAUAGGAGCGAAUGCUGUAAUUCGUAAGGAAUAUUCAAUAAUAGACACAUUGCGACAAAAUCUAUUUAAAUUAGGAGACGAACUCAAUGAUGAAUAUUUUAAAAGGGACAAUACAGUUUAUAAUUUGAUAAAUGUUUAUCGAUAUUUCGGUGACAAUAUUGAAAAAACAUUUGAUCAUUCACCCGAUGAAUAUGUUGAUGCUCUUAAUACAAUUUGGAUAUGGGCAAGAACACAAACAAAUAUGAGACGAAUUAAUGGUUUUUAUAUGAGAUUUCGUGAAAUGCAAAAUGAAUUUAAAGAAAAAAAUGGUUUUGUUAGUGAAAAUGAGUGGAUUAAUUUUGCCAAAAAUAUUCUACAUGAUCCAAAUGUUGCUGUACCUCAAGCACUCAAAGAAAUAACCGAUAAUAUCGUCAGACAAAAUUUAUUUGUUUCAGCUUAUAAGGAAGCUUCAGCACAAAUUUGUAAUCUUCAACAGUCACCACAACAAUUGUUGUAUAAUCUUUAUAAUACCAUUACCCUCACUGAAAUUAAAGGCUACACAAUGAUGCAGUUUUCAUUAAAGCUUUUGAAACUUUACGAAAACGGAUCGUUCACUGAGGAGGCUAAUCAAUUAAAAAGGGAAUUUCAAGAAAGAAUAACUGAAACAUUAAGAGCAGUAAAAACAGCAAUGGCUUUUGCACCUCGAGAUCUAUGGAAAUGUGAUCCAGCCGUUCACAAAGCAGAAGAAACAUACACGGAAUUGAAACAACUUUUCCAAGGCUACAUUGUAAAUGAAGUAGACCUUAACGAUGUAGCAACUUGUAGAGAAAAUUGUGCCUAUUACACGGUGGCAAAACAGCAGAGCUGUUAUAAAAAUCAAUUUUGCUCACAACAACGUCGAUGUAAUGGAAAAAUUGUACACUGUCAAUAUAUUGACUCUGAUAUGUGGAUUUGUCCAUCGGCAAGGAACAGUACUCGAAGAUAUGAAUAUAUCGAAUAUGAAAAUGGACUUAUAUAUGGAAAAAAAGAUCAAUGUCAUAUAGGAACAACAAAAGUUGAUAGUUGGUGGCGUUGGCUUUUCUGGCAUUGCAGCUAUUGUUUCUGUUAUUGUGACGAUCAUAAUUCAAAUUCCGAUCGUUACUUUAAUUUACGAGAAGUCGUUUCCGAUAUUGACAAUAAUAAAGUCGUAACAGGAAUAAGACUACAGAAGGUCAACAAAAUAAUACAUAUUCAAAUUCAAGAGGGAAUUUUACGCGCUCAAGGCAAUAUCGAUCCACAAAGUAUAUCGUGGAAAGAUAUUGACGAUUAUACAAUUUUAGAUAGAAAUGUUAAAAAUGGAAUUGAUUAUCAUACAGUGAGCUGGGAGAAAAGAGGAAUGGAUUUAGAUGAUCUUGUUCCGCCACCAGAUCAUUUAUUAACUGGUUUGAAAUUCAAAUUACUUGGUUCGAAUUUAAAUCUCGAAAUUCGCGCAACGCCAUUUAAUUUUACUACCGGUAUUUUGAUGAAGGAAAAGAGUCGUUGGUAUGCGAAUGACAACACCGAUGCAAAUGAGGGUUUUAACGAACACAUACCAGUUGUUGGCAAGAGGACCGAGCUCAAAUUGGAGAAACCUGACAUUCCAAUACGUUUGGAAUCGAGAGCUGUUCCCGAUUCACGAUCAAAUCAAUUUUUACAUUUUGCACCAACUGAUCUUGGAAAAGACGCGGGACAAACGACAAUACCAUUCCUUGAUAUUCAACCAAUAGUACCAAAGCCACCAGUGCCAAUAGCGGGCGCAGGAAUUUUCCACAAAGGACAAACAGGAUCGGGAGGAUUUGUCGCUUUAAAAUUAAUAACGUACAAUUUUGCCAAACAUUUGGAAAUUGAUUUAUCGCCAUCGAAACCAGUGAUUGGAUUAAGUAACGAAAUCACUGCCUCAUAAUUUAUUUUCUUUUUUUUCUCAUCUUUGGUUUUUUAUAAUAUAUAAAUAUAUAGAAAAAUAAGAACAUAAAAAAAAGAGAAAUACUGUCAGCCAGGUGCUACGUAUAGAAGUAAUUAACCUUUUUUUUUUGUUUUUUAAUUCAUUGUUGUUAAAUAACUAUACAGAAUUAGAAAAAAAACAAUAUUGUUAAGUAACAAUUAUUAAAUGACAAUUAUUAAAUAAUUAUUAACAAUUAACAACAAUUAAUUAAAAUUCAAAUAUCAUUAAUUUGCGUAAAGACACAAAUCUAACAAUGAUUAUUUAAAAUCUUAAUUUUACAUAAAAAAAAAAUGUUCUCUUCGAAAUAAUUUUUUUCUAUUAACGCGUUUUUAUAAUUAGAAUUAGAUACUUUCUUUUUAUAAAUAAAACUUUAAGUUUAUAAAAUUACAUUCGGCUAUAUAAAUAUUUUGUACGAUUUUUUAGUUUAAAGAAAUUACAUAAUUAGCUAUCUAUUUUUGCAUUUCUUUAAACGCCAUUUAUAAUACUCGUGUAUUAAAAGAUUUGAAGAAAAAAACAACACCUCGUUAAUUGGGGACUAAUAAUAAUAAUAAUAAUAGUAUGUUAAUUUUUUUCUCUAUAGAAAGCCAAAAAACAAAAAUAUAUAUAUCAUGGAGUUCAGUAUUGUCGAAUCUCCUUGUAUUGACUCGAGAGAAAUUCUGUGAUUUUACAAUAAAUGAACAAUUUAAUUGUAUAUCUAGUGCUAAAAACUUACAAUGUAUGAAUAAUUCAUUUUUUUUUAAUGGAUGUGAUAAAAAUUUCAUUUAAAAUUAAAAUCUAAAUAAACAUUGAAA